AUGUCACAAAAUACUAUUGCCAAUGUUAUACAGUUACGAUGUCAAAAAAUAGUAUCAAAGCAUAUAGAUAUUGAAAACUUGGGAAAAGAUAAGAACAAUAAACUUUUUUCAAUAAUUGAAGAAUAUGUGCAAAAUGUUAAUCCAAAAUUAAAAAAUAAAAUUUUACAAAAUUAUUUCUCAUUUAGUAUAUAUAAUACAGAUCCAUAUUUAAUAAGUCACACAGAAGGCAAAAAAUUUGUAACACUAAUUAAAGAUGAUUUAUUAGAGAACAUGCCUCAUGUAAUUGAAUUGAACCCAGGCUUUGGUCUAUUAACAGAGUGCUUACUGCAAGCUGGUGUACCAUUUUUAAAUUUGUACGAAAGAAAUAAUGAUUUUUAUUCUGAUUUAUAUAAUCUGUAUAAGAAAUAUCCUAAACGAUUUAAUUUAAGGAAGGCAAAUCUUUUUAAAAUAUCAAAAAUGUUGAAUUUACAUUCUACUUCUACAUUUCAUACCAAUAUAUGUGAAUUGUUAUCUAAUAUACCAGAAAGAAAGUGGGAGGAAAACACUUGCAUGCAAGUAAUUGGAACAACAACUAAAACUUUGUUUUUAAGGCAUUUAAUAAUGAGUGUGCUAUUUCAAUCAGGCUUCAUGUUAUAUGGACGACCUACUUUUUAUCUUGCAAUAUCACCAUAUGUAUGGAAUAAAUUUGCACAGCUUGGUAAUAGAAUAAAUACCACACAUAUUAUGUUUGACAUAUUGUUUGAUUACAAAAUAUUAGGUACAUUAGAUAGAAAUGCAUUUAUACCAUGGGAGAAAAGAAAAUUAAGAAAUAAAAGUAUAUCUCAGAAUUAUGAUAUUGAUGUGCUUUUUGUUACUAAAUUAGAACCUAAACCUAAUCUUUAUACAAUAUUUGGUGGAAAGAACAAUCUGAUACAUUUUUGGCAUUUUGUUCGACAUCAUUUUUAUAAACCAUCACAGAGAGUAAUACCUGCAUUAGAGAAAAUAAUACCAGGUUGUGGUAUAAAACUUAUUAGUAAACUAUACACAGUAACUACUGUGAAUAUAGAUACGUUCAGGCUAGUAAACCUUUCGAAAAUAUUCGUAUCGAUUGUAUGA